AUGACAGAUAUUCGAAACAUAGAAUGGAAGGCUCAAGAGAAUGAAAAUGAAAGUCAAGUUUCAACAGAUGAAAGUGAGAACUCCAGGUCUCCUGGAAAUAAGCCAGAUAACAUCAAGGCAAAAGCUACUCCAUGGAACUCUUUUCUCCCUCCACCUCCCCCCAUGCCUGGGUCAGGCCCGGGACUAGGAAAGCCAGGUUUAAAAUUCAGUGGCCUGCCACCACCACUACCACCACCUCCCCACUCCCUGUCAUGCUGGCUGCCUCCACUUCCUUCUUGACCACCAAUAAUUCUCCCACCACCUCCCAUGUGUCCAGAUUCUCUUGAUGAUACUGAUGCUUUGGGAAGUAUGUUAAUCUCUUGGUACAUGAGUAGCUAUCAUACUGGCUAUUAUAUGGGUUUCAGACAAAAUAAAAAAGAAGGAAGGUGCUCACAUUCCAAUUAAGGAAUAAUUUAUACAGUG